UGGUGAAAGAAAAGUUCCUUCCUGGGACUUCUGUGACAACAGUGAGUGCUGAGACACCUGUGGCAGUGGCAGUGAGGACUGAGAUGUCCAGUACAGCAAGUUCUUCCAAUAGGAAUUUUGCUUCAGAUUCAUCAAAACACAAAGAAAUCAAUGCAAAGAAAUUAAAGGCUGAUUUUAGCAUCCGAUCAAUUCUUGAAAAUUCUGCACUUGGCGAAGAAAUCCUGUUUGAAUUGGAUAACGGGAGACUACCCAGAAAACAGAGAUUGAAGAUGGUUCAGGUUCUUGUAGCCGAGAUGAUUGAGAGAUUUGGGGACAGGCCACGAGCAGAUGUAAAAGUGUCCAUGGCCAGAGCUGUAGUUGAGGAAUUCCCCUUUCUUAAGGAUGAAGAAGGCCAAGGAUUUGAAGCUUGGUACACUCCUGGGAUGGGCAUUCAUUCAGCUACAGGGUGGCUUGAAGAGAAAUUGAGAAAUGUCAGAAGACGCUCAACAGAGGGGAAAAAAGUUGGUGUGUCAACUAGUGCGCCAAGCUCUAAGCUUGUUAAAGUUGGUGCAUUACCAGAAUGCAUAAUAAGUGAUGAUGAAUACAUGGGAAUGGUAGAAUGGUUAAAGCAUCACAUCGAACCACUCAGCAAAGUAAAGCAAUACAUGAAGAAAACAUCAAUCAGUCGUGCUGCAUGGAUUAAGGAAAACCCUCAACUAUCAGUCUGUGAUAUACUGAAAGAACAUCCAAGGUUGUUCGACAUACCUGGUAUGAUUGAAAUAGACUUUGAAGAAAUAUUUGGUGAAGUUGCAGAUAAUCUUUUCCUAAAAUGGACACCAUCUUUUGCUGAAAAAGUUAUUGCCUAUGCUAACAGCCAAGCAAAUUGGCACAGUUACCUCCAUGUUGACAUGCAGAAAGUCAACACUGAUGAGGAAAAACAAAAUGUUGCAAUUGUGCUCUUACCAGCAAUAUUUCCUACUGGACGCAAAGGGAAAAAGAAAAGCACCAUUGAUGAUGCUAUCAAGGUUUUUGUUGAUGUUCAACCAAUUGGUACCAACAUGCCAAAAUAUCUUGAGGAAAACUCCACUGAUGAGCCACAGGUUCUGGUUCAUGGAAGUGUCACCAGUCCUCAACAAGUGUUUGUUGUUAGCAAAGGCAGAGCAUUGGAGAGGUCAAAUUUGUUGACUGCUAUCGACACCUGUUUCAAGAUGUUUUAUAUUAUGGAUAUCGAAUACCCCUGGCAAUGUGGCAUCACAUGGGAAUUUUUCCAAAAAGUAAUUUUUGGUUUGGAGGACAGGUGCAAACAUAAAAAAACUGCUCCGUCUGUUAUCUCCAUACGGGCUGCAUUAAAGGCUUGAUUGUUUAUUGUGUCUUUCAUACUUGUCAUUGCUUCUAUCUGUUAUUGCUUCUAUAUAUAUAUUUAUAUAUACUGUACCAUUGUUAAUAAAAUGCUUUUGUGAUUUUGCAAUACAUUUGUACACUUGAUUUUUAUAUUCACUAUUUUAUAUGCGAUGUUCAAAAAAAUCAAACAGAUAUAUUGUAAAUAACAACACAUUCCUGGUUAAUGUUAACCAGGAACUGUAGUUAAUAUUCAUCUACCAGGCUUUCCUGGUAGAUUUUGUUGAGUUGUAUAUUGACACUUUACCUGGUUAAUACUUAACCACAUUUUAGGUUGAAUUUAACCAGGAACUGUUGUUAAUAUUCUUUAACCAGGACUUCCUGGUUGAUUUAACCAGACUUGGUUAGGUGGUAUACUGACACUUUACCUGGUUAAUA